AAACUUGUUAUUCCCGUGUUCUUUUUUUUACUCCAGUAAUAGUAUUGUACGUAUGUACAUACCUGUUUGAUGCAGUCUGAUAAAUCUGUUCAGUAUUUUACUGUGCAAAGCUACUUGCAUCUUUGUUCAAAUCGUUUGGAGUGGGACAAUUCAAGUUCAAUUUUUCUGUAAACAUAGCUACUUGUGUUACGUUCCUGACGUCACUGCAGGCUAUUGUGACGUCAACAGUAUAUGGUGAAACGAGCAAUACAUAUAAGGGUAAAACCGUACCGUAACCUGCCGUAACCUCAAAGCGAUAAACAAUUUAUCUUGUUUCACAACAUAAAGAAAUUCGUUUUGCUCACGAAAUAACGUACAGAAAUAUCAAAAUGACUGUAGCAAAGAUUGAAUUUGCGGUGAAUAUGACUUGUCAAAAAUGUGUCGACUCGAUACAAAACAUUUUAUCUGGCGUAAAUGGAAUUGACAAAGUUGAUAUAUCUUUGGAAAAAAGUAACGUCAUAGUCGAAACAAAUUUACCGUAUUCCAUAAUCCAAGAAAAAAUUGAACAAACUGGAAGACAAGCUGUCUUAAAAGGAUACGGAGAUGGUACAAGUGCCGUUGCGAUGUUAGGAGGAAAUUCAGGAUAUAGCAUAGGUGAUAAAACGUUAGGCGUAAUAAGAUUUGCGCAAAUACCUGAUGGAUGCCUUAUAGAUGGAACAAUUGAUGGUUUAAGACCUGGACAACAUGGUAUGCACAUACAUGAAUGUGGUGAUAUUUCUCAAGGUUGCGAUAGUGUUGGAGAACAUUUUAAUCCAUAUAAAACAGUACAUGGUGGACCUAAUGAUGAUAAGUUUAAGAGGCAUGUAGGAGAUCUGGGAAACAUAACAGCAGAUAAAUCUGGGAGAGCUACUUUUAGGAUAAUUGAUAAACUUGUACAAAUAUCUGAUAUUAUUGGGCGGUCUUUAGUUAUAACUGAAAAUCCAGAUGAUUUAGGAAAAGGAGAUGACUUAACAUCUAAAAUAGAUGGAAACAGUGGAAAUAGAUUAGCUUGUGGUAUUAUUGCUCGCUCAUCUGGUUUAUUCCAAAAUACAAAAAAGAUUUGUGCUUGCGAUGGACUUUCACUAUGGGAUGAAAGAGAUAAAGUACUUUCAAACAAACAGGAUCAGCCUGCAGAAAGUAAUAAUUGUACAAUAUCCUAAAUCUUCUAUUAGUCCUGGACACGAUCUUGGAUAAUACAAUCUAGUAAAAUCUAGUCUUUUUUUAGAAUAUCGCUUUAUGUAAUAUAUCUAUUUCUAUAUUUGUAUAUUUUAAUUACACAAUAUUU